AUGCAGUCAUAUGGCGGUUACAGUGUACACUGUGAUGCUCCUGAUCUGAAUGAACCAGUAUUAACCGAGUCUGGAUACUGUGGCGUUGCUAUAUCUACCUCGGAUUCAUAUGUGCCACAAAACUCUGCACUGUUUAAAGUUCCGGUUGUUGGUCGAACCUCAACAGUACUGCCCAGUGAAGAGAAACCGCUAUUAGAGCUGGAACACCGAUUUGGCGUCUGUGUCCCUGCUCUACACAAUAUGGAACAAAUAAAUCCCCGGCGAUUGGACGAAUGGAUUGAAAUACAUAUGCGCCUGGGCCGUUCUUACUGCACCCCGUUCUUGGAAGGCCUGGCCAUAGACAUCGAGCUCAUUCCGCUUAUAUGGUCCGAUGAUCCGGAUAUAAUCAGCAGGAGUUCCUGGUACUACUUCCAAAUCAUCACCAUAAAUGACUGUCUCUAUCGCACCGCGGACAGGGGCACCUUGACGAAUUACUUCUGGGGCACGGCUUUGCAUUACCUCACCCGUCCAGGUUACGGUUUCAACUCGGCCCUAUUUCCUACCAAUGAAACCGAGGACUUUGAAAGACCCUUCCACCGAGACUACACCAGGCGAGUUGAAACAGAGGACAGCAUGCGCCGGAAGUGUCUAGUCCGGCCUUUGUGGAUUUUUGAAAUGGGAAUACAUCAUGUUAGUAAACCCUACGAAGAGUCUACAGGUCCGGCCCUCAAUCCCGGAUCAGAGCACUCCGAAAUGGCAGUUGUGCAUCACUAUCGGAAGGGGGACAUUGCUAUUGAUGGAAGGACAAUUGAGGACAAAUCGCUUGAAAGAUUUCUUCCGUAA